AUGAGUCAGCCCUACACUCUUUAUCUUACCUUUCAGUGGCUCCGUCACAACGGAAAAGAGCAUCAAUAUCAUUGGGGACUCUGGAGUACAGAUGCCAAGCCUCCUGCGGGUCGUCUUUUUCAUGCCACAGAUGCUGGGCGUCAGGCACUUGACCUUUAUUAUGAGAACCGCAAGGUUCGCGACCCUUCCAAGUCUAAGAGUAUGGUGGUCUGCCUCAUGAUCGCCAAAUCUCCAAAGGCUGAGUAUUUGGAUCACUACGCCAGCCGGAUUCCCUUGAUGAAUUGCUCCCAUCUCCCUGCAGGGGAGCCACAAUGGACCUGUCGAGUAUGGGUCAAGGAGACCCUAAAGGCACUCCAUGAGAAGGGUCAAAUUGUAUUGCCAGCCGAUAUUGACACCAUUGAAUCGUACGGUAAAUACACUGCCGAUCGUUACCUUUCGCAAAUGGGCAACCCCAUGAUCUUCAACGACCUGGGUUGGCUCUCCCAGACCAGUGCGGGGAAUACGCACCAGCAAUACUAUGGAGCCGAGCCCAUGGAAACGGAAACCUACCAGCAGUAUCAGCAGCAGAGAUACUAUGGGACUAAACCUAUGCAAACGGAAACAUAUGGACAAAAUGCUCGGCAGUAUCAGCAGCAAACAUACUAUGGGACUAAACCUAUGCAAACGGAAACCUACCAGUAUAAUACAUAUUACUAG